ACCGAUUGCAAUAGCAUCUCUUCAUUUCUCUCUCUCUCUUCCCACCCAUUUAUUUCUCUCUUUCUCCCUCUUCUCUGCACAGAAUCAGAAUAAAACCUCAUCUACCCUUCAAACUCCAAAGUCUUUUCUUUUCUCUUUUUUUAAUCUUCAUCUCUUGGAACUGUCGAGGCUAAACAACUUCAGGUUGACUGAAAACCAAGAAAACAUGAAGAAGCUCUAUCGUAAAGGAACGGUGCAUCCCUCGCCGCCGGUAAUAUCGGACCACCACCUCGCCUUCUUGCCACCCGCCAUCCUCACUCUCACCGUCGCUCUUUCUCCUCAAGACUUAGAAGUCCUUGCUUAUCUCCUAACAUGCCCCUUUUCCUCUAGCCCCUCUUCCUCCAACCCCAAACCUCGCCGCACCACCACCACCACCACCAACAAUAACGGCAACAGCCAGAAGGUGGUUGUGGAGGGUAACCAUCCGCCUCUGUAUAACUGCGGCUGCUUCAUUUGCUACAAGAUUUACUGGGAAAGGUGGGACAACUCUCCUAAUCAACGACGCAUACAUGAAAUUAUCGACGCCUAUGAGGCCUGGUUAGAGAGCAAUAACGAGCCCCCAAAGAACAAGAAGAAAGACAAGAGGAACAAGAAGGGUUCUUAUAAGAGCAAGCCCGAGCAGUUGGCGCUGGUAUCUGAUGAACCCAUGGAAUCUGCGGCGGAGAGUAGUAAAAGCAGCGGGGCUGGUCGUGUUGACGAUGAAGCUGGUGACGGCGGCGGUGAUGUUGGGGUUGAAGGUGGUGAGGAGAAAGGUCCAGUUAGGAGGUUAGUUAGUUUCAUUGGAGACAAGAUUUGGGGUGGUUGGGGUCAGGGGCAGUAGUGAGUAGUAGACAAUCAAAUAAAAGGAACAUGAAUAGAGCAAAUUAAAGGUGGGUUUAAUUAGUCCUUGCCCUUUCUUUUUUCCCUUUAUUUAUCUAUUUUUGUACAUUAUUAUUGUUAAUCACUACCCCCUUCGAUGUACAAAAAGACAUAGUAGUCUGGUUUUUGUUUGCUCUAGGUGAUUACUAUUGUUACAAUCACAAUUAGUUCAUACUUAAUCAUCAACCUACUAUUCUGUGGUUUCAA